AUGAAUCGACCGCUCGGGCCUCCCGUCGACGCAACGCCGGCACCGUGGCCAUCACGCGUCACGCUCGAGGGCCAAACGGUUAUCCUUGAGCCUCUAGAGGAAUCCCACGCCGACGCCCUCUUCCCUCACAUCGGCGGGGCCGCGAAUGCAUGGCUCUGGGACUACAUGUUCACCGAUGUACCCAGCUCCCUCGCUGAAAUACGCUCUCGCAUCGCGAGACAGGCCCAGUCCAAGGACCCCUUCUUCUGGGCCAUCAAAGUCAAGAAACACGCCGCACAAGGCACUGCAGAAGCAGAGGUAGUCGGAUACAUCGCGUUCCUGGCCAUCGUCCCGGCGCACCGGUCCAUUGAAAUCGGGCAUGUCAUGUACUCAGCAGCCCUGCAACGCACGACGGCGGCGACCGAGGCGAUCUACCUCCUGGGUCACUACGCCAUCCGCGACCUGGGCUACCGACGUCUCGAGUGGAAGUGCAACGACCUCAACGCGGCGUCGAGGAAGGCGGCAGCGCGCUAUGGGUUUACCUUUGAAGGCGUCUUUCGGCAGCAUUACAUCUCCAAGGGCCGCAACAGGGAUACCGCGUGGUUCUCGAUCCUGGACUCGGAGUGGGAGCGUGGCGUCGAGGCGGCGUUUGAGCAGUGGCUAGACCCAGGCAAUUUCGACGAGGAGGGGAAGCAGAAGAGGCGGCUGGAGAGCUUUCGUUAA